AUGCCCUUAGUGUCAGUGGUCCGCUGGUGGGGGAGUUCCACGCGCCAGCUCCGGCGCACGCUGCUCCAGGGCCCGGAGAAGGCCUCGGAGGUGUUGCUGCGCUGGGGGGUGCCGCAGCACGUGGUGAACAGCGGGAGUUUGCUGGGGCAGUACCUGGCGCAGAACCCACACCUCGUGGAGGAUGGCGCGAGCGCACAGCUGAGCCAGAUCGUGGCAAAGGUCUAUGAAUGCUUCGACGUGGAGUACCGCUCCGGCCUCGGCGACUCUGGCCUUGUGCUGGCGCCCCGCGGGCGCCGCGGGAGCGACGGCGGAAGCACGCGGCGGAAGUCUCACGCGACGCCGGCGGGAAAGACGCGCCCCCGGCCACCCCGCCUGGAGCCGCUGGAGCCCAUCGACGCCUCCGCCUCGAACUCUGCGACCAAGUCCUGCAGGUCGGACCAGUCUUCGCCAUCACCGCGGCGGGCAACAUCCCCCACAUCCCCGUCCUGCCGAACGCCAACCUCGCCGAGGUCAGCAGGGUCCAGAUGGGGCAAGUCCAAAACCAGCACGCUCACUGGCAAUGACACACCGGCCUUGGAGACACGCCCGGCCACGGUGGCCGGCGGCACACUUCGCCUAGACCGACUGGACGGAGGGGAGGACUUGGCACAGACCUUGCCCGGCAGACUGGGCUACCAAAGCCCCAGGUUCCGCCAGAAGACCCCAGUGAUGCCGAGCAGCUUUAUGAUGUGGAACGAGCGAGAGAAGGGCGCCAGCGAGCGCCAUCGCGCGGAGAGCAGCCCCACCAAGAAGGUGGAGCAGUCCUCGAAGCAUAGCGCACGAGAGAUGGUGCCGCUGAGUAUCUCCAAGAAGUGUGCGACGAAGAUCGUCAAGGACCAAGGGGAGCUGAAGCGCAUCUUCGACUUCUACGACAAGGACGGGUCUGGGCUCAUCGACGUGGAGGAGUUCAUCCCAUUGCUGAACCGGGUCUUGAAACAGCCCGAGCCCAUGAACAAGACAGAGGUCUGGAAGAUUUGGGAUGAUAUCGAUCAGGAUGGCAGCGGGCAGAUCUCCUUCGAGGAGUUUCAGGGUUGGUACUGCGGAGCAUUCCACCUGGACGGCAACCCGGACAGGACGGAGUUCAUCACACAGAAUGACGUACCUGCGCAUGAGGCCAUGAUCCGCAACAUCGCGAAGAAGCUCGGUUUGGACUUCUUCAAGGUGGAUAGUCUUUGGACCAGGUUCUGCCACGCGGAUUUGGACGCCAACGGCUGCCUGGACUACUCGGAGUUCGCUUGUCUGAUCCAAAGGGAGCUGGCGCCAUCUGGGAACCCCGUGGUCCCCGACAAGGUGGUCCAAAAGUUUUGGAUCGAGAUUGAUGCGGACAAGUCUGGGGUAGUCAGCUUCGGGGAGUUUGCUGCCUGGUAUAUGAAGUUCCUCUUUGGCGGCAAGUCCCCCAUGGAGCAGUACUACGCGGCCUUUGGCCGGAACAAGUUCAGCUUCGUCUGA